AUGGAAGCUCCGAACGGGUGCGGCGAUGGUAAAGAACUGGUGGAAUUUCAGAAGCAAUUUCGAGAGAUGCUUAUUAAGAAACAGGUGUCCGCCUUUUCGACUUGGGAAGAUGAGCUUCAUAAGAUAGUUUUUGAUCCACGGUACCUCCUACUCGUCAGCAAGGAGAGAAAACAGGCCUUCGAGUCUUUUGUUAAGGAACGUGCCGACGAGGAGCGAAGGGCGAAGAAGGAAAGGUUUACUGAACUGCUCCAGGAGGCGAAUCUCUCCUCCAAGUCUUCGUUCUCGGAUUUCUCUUCGAAAUACGCCAAGGACGAACGGUUCAAGGGCAUUGAAAAAAUGCGAGAGCGUGAAAGCCUGUUCCAAGAAUUCGUAUCAGAUCUACAACUUCGCGAAAAAGAGAAGCACAGUCAGAAAGAGAAGGUACGUAUUCUUCUUCAUCUAUCGGCAAAUAUUAGCAAAGCGACUUAA